CCGGUAUGUUUACUUCCGGGCUUUCAGCCGAUGGAUUGAUGCCACGUUUAUUAGACGCGCUAUAAACAAUCAUUGAUGUGAUCUGACUGAUAUAUAUGCUGAUAUUUCUUGCAAGAAAGCUCAAGUUUUUUCUUGACGAGUACAUUCUCAUGCCCGAGAUAGCAGCCAACAUGGCCGUCAACAAAGGCAACGCUCGCCCCAGGAAAGGAGGGCGGCAUCUUAUAGACGGGGUGGACCCUGAAAGUGACUUCAUAGGACCUCAUAUUCCCAUCUCGACCUCUGUUGUUCAACCAGACUUGUAUGACGAUGAAGACAAAACGUUAAAAGAGGGCAGCAAUUUAGAGGGGGACUAUGGAAGCAUAGCUCUGUUGACAUUCUUAUACAUUCUACAAGGUAUUCCUUUAGGCUUGGCUGGUAGCAUCCCAAUGUUGUUACAAAGUAGGCAGGUAAGUUACAAAGAACAGGCGUUGUUUAGUUUUGUGUAUUGGCCGUUUAGUGUAAAACUGCUUUGGGCGCCGUUGGUGGAUUCUAUAUACUGGCUUCAGUUUGGGCGGCGGAAGACAUGGCUGGUGCCGACCCAGUACCUGAUAGGCGUGUUUAUGAUUGUGUUGUCGUGGCAUAUCAAGGACAUUCUUGGAGAUGGUGACGAGGACGCUCAAGUGAGUGUGAUGCUGCUGACCGUUAUAUUCUUCAUGUUGAACUUCCUGGCGGCUACACAAGACAUCGCCGUGGAUGGCUGGGCGCUGACGAUGCUAUCGAGGCGUAAUGUCGGUUGGGCAAGUACAUGCAACUCUGUCGGUCAGACUACUGGCUACUUUCUGGGCAACGUCCUCUUCCUGGCGCUGGAGUCGCCCGAGUUCUGCAACAACUAUCUAAGGUCCGUGCCACAGGCACAGGGACUAGUCACUCUCUCAGGUUUUCUUACAUUCUGGGGCGUGGUGUUCUUUAUCACAACCACUCUAGUCUGGGUAUUGAAGCAAGAAAAGCUUGACCUCUCGGCCGACCCUGACCAGGGCAUCGUGGAAACCUACAAGAUACUGGGGAAGGUCGUCAAACGACCUGCUGUCAUGUCCUACUGCCUCAUUCUCCUCACAUGCAAGAUUGGAUUUGCUGCUGCGGAUUCCCUCACAAGCCUGAAGUUGAUAGAGGCGGGACUCCCCAAAGAGAGACUGGCGCUGUUUGCCGUUCCCAUGGUGCCGCUGCAGAUUCUCCUGGCUCUCGGCAUCAGCAAGUACACAACCGGACCCCGACCCAUGGACGUCUUCCUCCGAGCCAUGCCUUUCAGGUUGAUCCUGGGUUUGGUGUACUGUGCUCUGGUGUACUGGGCGACCGUGGCGCAGACGGCGCCUGGGGAGUUCCCCUGGUACUGGUACGUCAUCACCCUCGGCAGCUACGCCUUACAUCAGGUGUUUGUGUACAGCAUGUUCGUAGCGACGAUGGCGUUCGCCGCUAAAGUCAGCGACCCUGCGAUUGGAGGCACCUACAUGACCCUUCUCAAUACUCUGAGCAACUUGGGGGGCAACUGGCCCGCGACUGUUGCGCUGUGGAUGGUUGACUUCCUCACCUGGAAGAACUGCACAGCGGACGGUGUUGACUCCUGCAACAGCAAGACUCUCACAGCGGAGUGUCACGCAGCGGACGGCAAGUGCAACACCACCAUGGAUGGCUACUACAUCGAGUCCGUGGCCUGUGUCAUCCUCGGCCUCAUCUGGCUUGUGUGGAAGAAGAGUACAGUAAAACGCCUGGACUCUCUCGACCUCUCUGCUUGGAAGUGUCCCUCAUAAUCACUCACAUCAGAUUACAGCCCCCCACCCACCACGGGCAUUAUAACCUCAGGGGAAGAAAUAAGGGAACAGUUUGAAGGAAAGCAUUUAUCUGUACCCAGACAUGGCCGACGGUUGUGACAAGAUACAAGGCUACACAUCCGAUGGUUUUUGGUUUAUUAAAUGGAUAGACCAGAACCAGAAUGCAAAAAUAAAUUUAAAAUUGUUCUAUAUGACCAAACAGUCAAUAUUUACUGGAUUAGGAAAAUAUCAAAUUGCACCUACAAAAUUCCAAACAAAAACGGAAUUAACUGUUUGAUAAUAAUUGAUGAAAAUCAGUAAACUACUUGUGGGCGUUCCUUACCUUGUUUUGAGUAGUAUAUAUAUAUAUA